GCAAGAAAAUGCAUCAACUCGCGGGCAUUCAUGCACGCACACAAUGUGAGACUAUAGCUAAAAAGUUGUAUACACAUUAAACCUAACCUUUUAUCCUCUCCGUUCCUCAUGGUGCAGGUUUAAAAGUCAGUUUACAAGCAAAUAACACGGGUUCAUCCUUCAUCCAUCAAACAUCUUCCAUCACAAGCUUCCACUCUCUGUUCAAGCACCAGGCUCUGAAACCUAAUGAACCUUGUUGGUAACCAUGUGAAACUGGCCUGAAGUUACCUGAGCUCAUGACUAGUUCCAUGUAUAAUUCAUCCCCUCAGUAAUCUACUCACCUUCAGAGAAGGAAUCUGACUCCAUUAGCCUGUCUACCUGCCCUGGAGAAGGACUUAAGUUUGGAGGUAUCAGGUAAUGGUUUAAGAUCAUGGCUGAACAAAGGCAACGAGCCCUGUCCACAUCAGGAGAGGCUCUGUACCAGGUUCUUGGGCUUGACAAGAACUGCACUCAUGAUGACAUCAAGAGAUCCUACAGGAAGCUUGCUUUGAAAUAUCAUCCUGACAAGAACCCCGAUAACCCCGAUGCCACUGACAAAUUUAAAGAGCUCAACAAUGCUAAUGCCGUGCUGUCUGACGUCACUAAGAGGAACAUUUACGACAAGUACGGCUCCCUGGGUCUGUAUGUGUCGCAGCAGUUUGGGGAGGAGAAUGUGAACACAUACUUUAUGCUCUCCAGCUGGUGGGCAAAGGGUCUGUUUGCCAUCUGUGGCUUGCUGACAGGUUGCUAUUUCUGUUGUUGUCUGUGCUGCUGUUUCAACUGCUGUUGUGGGAAGUGCAAACCGCACACACCUGGUGAAGAGGACCCGGAGUGCUAUGUGUCUCCCGAAGACCUGGAGGAGCAGAUCCGCACAGACAACGAGAGAGAUGGCGACACUCCGAUUGUGAUGCAGCCAACCAAUGCUAGUGAGAAGACCCAGCUGAUCGGUGAUGGACACAGAACAUACACCUAAAUGGAAAAAAGUGACGAUAUAUGUUAUUUUUAAAAUUCUUUUGGAAUAUAUUGGUGUCUUUUACAAUAUACAGUUUAUGUUAGGACUGAGAAAGCUAAAAAUACUCAACUUCUUAAGCUUUGUUUAGCCAUGCUGUCUGUAAAUAACAGAUAUUAUAUUAUUCUUGUCCUUCUUGUGGAAUUAAAACUGAUAAUGUGAUCAAAACUGAUGAAUGAUGCUCCUUUAAAUAAUAUUAUGUAC